GCCUGCAUGAUGAGCCAAGAAACCCAAAGCAACGAACUAUUGGCGGGCAUCAGCCAAAAUCCCGAAGGCUACGUUCAGGGACCAAUGGCGAACCGAGUCCUAUCCCGCCAUGUCUACGCACCUGUGUCUAAUUUGAACAGUUGGUUACCAGGUGGCGUUAUACCUUACAAAUUUUACCUCAACAUGGUGAAAAACGCUGCAAACUAUCAUGGAGUGAUGUCAACCGUUAAUCCAGCGUUUUCAAGGAACUGCUGCACCCCUGUUGCCACCGGCAGCUUCCAGUUACCUGGUACCGACGUCGGGGAAGACAAGGAGGGACCCACAGAACUGAGAUCAGAUGGGUAUCCGUUAAUAAAAUUGAACCCCAGCACUGUCAGUCCAAGGCGAUUUGUCGACUUCGCCACCAAUUUGGCAAGGUCAGCGAACUGUGUCCUAACGAACAGCUUCCUCUCCCGUCAACGCACAGAGGCUGAAAAACAGACACUUGAAGCCCUGGCCUCCCUCCUGUCCGCAAACAACGCAUUCGGCAUCUACUCAGAAUCUCCCUUUCUGCGUCCCGUCAGCCUCCUGCGGCCUGUACAGUUCGCCUCUCCGGCCACCGUCCUCCUUAAUCAUUCUGAUCACGAGAACAUGAUUCGCGUCCAGUCAAACUCAUUGGUCCGUGGUCGGACAAUUGACAUUGACUUAACUUGGUUGCACGCACCGCUUGAGGACCACGCGAUGCCUCUGUUGGAAAUGGUCUGCUCCGGAUCCUGCACGCCCAUUCUCAAUCAUUUGCUCAAUCUCCCCCUUAUUCAGGUUAGUCUGGACCGCGUCCAGCCCAUACCGGAAUUUGUCCAAAUGUUUUCAUCGGCUGUUGUUGGAAGGCCAGUCACAGACCCACCUUCUGGGUGCAAACCUCCCCACUUACCGCCGGAGACCCCAGAAGCUCUUGUUGGAGUUUACGAUUUUUGCAGGUCCCCUGAUCGUGUGAUCGCGGCCUCCGAGACGUUGGUGAGUCUUUUGCCAAACUAUCUUUUUCUAUAA